CGCAGGAGUAGGUCCGCAACAUUCGGGGGCGCGAGGGACAAUUUUCAUUUUUUUCGGAAACCGCAAUAUCGAAAUUUUUAUUAAAAAAAUAAAUAAAAUAAAAAUGGCUGUGUUUAUGUUAAGUAAAAUAAAAAAAUUUGUAGAUUUCUUAAGGAAAUAUUUUAACCUCGCCGUUAAAAAGGUUGUGUACGGAACCGUCUGUUGAAUAUUAUUUUAAGUGAUUUAUUUUUUAAUGUUAAUUAUUUAGUUAAUAUUAUAAACAAAAACAUGUUCAAUAGUGUACCUGGAUGGAUCGAUCCUGAAACAGUUAGCGAAUUUAUUAUUAAAAUCCGCUUAAAAGUGACUUAAAUUUUCAAAGUGUAUCAUUCAAAAAGGAUGUCUUGGGAGUCGCUCAAUUCCAGGGAGUUUGGUAAUUUCAAUAACAUUUACCACACGUCUGGAGCAGGAGGAGUCAGUCAUCAACUAUCAGCCACCCGACUGCUUGCUUCUCCAGACGGUUCCAGACAUCCUCUGGACGGUCUGGAUCAUGCCUGGCCCUGGAACGACUCCUAUUCGAGCUUACAUCGCGAUACUUACACUGAAGUUCGCACUCCGAGAACCCCGAAUUGUACUUUUGGGUGUUUCCACGCUUGCAGAGCGAAAGUUAGAGAUAGUAUUGCAAAGAGAAAGGUCGAACAAGGGCUAAAGUUAUACAAUCAGCACAAGCAACAACAGGCCGUGCGGAAAUGGAAAAGCUCGCUGAAAGCUCUGAGGAAAAGGGAGGACAAAUUCAACGUAUUGGGUUAUUUGUAUCAAGCAUAUAUGGAUUGGGGGAAGUACAGAGACGCCCUAGAAUAUGCUCACCGACAAUUGUUCAUAUCAGAAGAGUUAGACAGCCCCAAUAUGAGAGCCGAGUCUUAUUUAAACCUUGCUAGAGCUCAUCAAAGACUUGGAGGCUUAGAACGAGCAUUAGCUUAUGCAAGACACUCGCUCUACAAUGAAUGUGAGCUCUGCGCAACCGCCGGUCACGUACACUUAACUGUAGGCUCCGUCUACUUAGAAUUAGCCGGUUUUAAUAAAGCUUUAGAUAGUUUUCAACAUGCUCAUAGGAUAGCUCAGGCUGUACACGAUCCCGCGUUGGAACUCCAGGUUUAUGUCGGUUUAUCAGAGCUAUUCAGUAGACUUCAAGAUGCCGACAAAAGUGCUAAAUAUGCUUCCAAGGCGUACGAUUUGUCUCGAUCUCUACAGCUCGGCGAUUUGAAUUCGCGACAUCAUCGAGCUGCACUUCUUCAAAUGGCCUCAGCUUUAAGAAAACAGGGCGAAUUAGGAGACGCGCACGAUUAUUGUUCAGAAGCUACAAGACUGGCCUUAGUGUCUGGAGAUCAGGCGACCUAUGCCAAAAGUAUUAGAAUUAUGGGUGAUAUUUAUAGAAAAAAGUCUGAUAUUAAUAAAGCCUUUCGUCAAUACGAAGCCGCAAUGGGUUCAGCCGCAGCCAUGGGCGACAGAGUCAUACAAAUGGAGUCGAUGGACGGUGCCGCUCGUUGCUUAGAAGCGUUACGUCUACAGCACAAAAUAUGCAACUGUAGACCUUUGGAAUUCAAUACGCGAUUGUUGGAAGUAGCUGGAUCAAUUGGUGCUAAAUUACUUGUCCGAGCUGUCCGGAUGCGCCUAUCCCGAAUCUAUCACUCACUAGGAGACGAAAACAAUAAGUUACACCACGAAAGAGUGGCGAUGAGGCUCCAGCACGAUUUAGACUUGAAUUGUGCCUGUUGCGGAUCGCCUUACGGUCUGGAAUCUGAUUCUUUAGAAGCGUUGCCUUGUGCUCACAUUCUUCAUGCUAGGUGCGCCUAUGAUUUGUUUCGUCGCAACAAAAAGAAAAAACGUUCGUGUCCGGAAUGCGACCGGACAAGUUCGAGGUUGUACUUGAACUGUAACGAUUACAACACUAUGCAGUACAGUCCUGUACCUUUAUCCGUUUGUUCUUCGGACAGUCAUUGUACGUCACAUCAUGCGACUAGCUCAGUUUGAAUUUGAACUUUUUGUCGAUUUUUUUCAAACGUUAAUAUUGAAUUUGGUCUGUCGGGAAAUCUUUGUUCCGUUAAUACAACGUUAGCGAUUAUUAUCCCACACAGCACACUACACACAGUCUUAAAGACAAGUUUUUUAGGUCUGUAUUGCGUCUGAAGGUCUGAAGACCAAGAAAAGACGUCUAGAAAACGUCCAUCAUCAUCAUCGUUAUCAUAAAUCAGCCUUGUCCCGUCCACUGCUGGACAUAGGCCUCUCUUAAACUAAUCCAUCUUGCUCGGUCUUGGGCAUCUUAGAUCCAAUUUGUAGAUAUCCUCUUGUGAAGUCCCACUGAAAAUCUAGGUAACUUUGAACGGAUACUUUUUAGUAAUCUGAUUAGAUCGCCUCUUCCAGUGCGGGUUCUUGCUACCUGAGCUGUACGCAGUUAGUUGGAAUGCUAGCUCGGUGUUUUCCAAAGGAAAUAAAAGAAUCAGUUCUUCUUACUAAACUCUGACAAUGGUUUAUUGAACAAAAUGGUAAAUCUUGGUAAGGAAAUGAAAGAAAAGCAAAGAAUAUACAGUAAGUUAUUAACAAUGUUUACUAAAAUGAAAUGAAAGAAGAUACAUACCGAGAUUUAGAAUGAUAGGUAGUGAAAUCAAUGAGCGUCCUGUAGAGGAGGUUCCUUGAUGGUAUAAGUUACAUGAGAAAUUAAAGAUUAAAAGAUACAGAAAAUGAAGACUAGGUUAUAAUUCUUAGUGGGUAAAAGUCACGGGCUUCCUCGACAAGGGAAUGACAAAACGGCCUCGUUAUUCAGGGUAAGAUACAUGUUGGAAAAGAGAUUUGAGUUGUGAAGCUAACCCAACGGUUUUGUUUUUUACACAGGGGAGAAAAUAAAUAAUAGACAGAAAACAGCAAUCAUGACGAAUAAAUUAAAAUACUUGAAAUUGAAACAUUACCUAAGGUCAGCAGAAAGACGUCAACACUAAACACCACAACUUCGUUACAAAACUGAAUCAAUCUAGGAGGCUCACAGACCUAUCUAUAUUGGCAGCUUGAUGACGCUCUCGAUGACGUUUUUGGGAUUCUUAUCGGUCGCAAAACAUGUAAUUUGUUCAUGGAACCAGGAGUCGAGAGUCGUGUUUUAAGACACAGUCAUCACACUCUUUCGGAAACCGACUGAUAACCCUUGGCUCUUGACACGGUUUCGUCAGAAAUUUAGCGACCUAAUCUAGCUGGGUGGGAAAGCCAAUUAAUUGUAUUACGAAGCAAAAAAAAAAAAAAGGAUUUUUAGGCCAAAAAUGCUACAGAACACUUUAGAACUUCAAUAAGCCUUUUGGAAUAUUCAAAACACUUAAAAUUCAAUUUAGAAUUUUUAAAAGCAUUCUGUAACGUUUCAGAAAAAUUUGGAAAUUUCAGAACCAUUUUAGAAUGCUCCAAAAUAUUCAAAAACCUAUUUACAAUUUCCAAAAGUAUUUUAGAACAAUUCAGAAGUUUGAAACUCAUUUAAGGACGGUUUGAAUCACUCAAACACUAGAUUCUCCAGAAACAUUUUGAAAAGCGCCAGAAUCUUAGGAUUCUGGUAAAAGUUACAAAACGCCUUUCAGAAGGCGUUCAAGAGCGAAUUUGAAUCGCUGUAAAACUUUACACUCCGAAACAGUUAAAAUCCACAUAAGAAUUUUCAGGAGCAUUUUGGAACAAUUUAGAAACUUCAGACAGAGCUAUUUCAGAACAAUUAUAGGACUCAAUUUAGAACUGGAAUCCCUUCAGAACUCUUUUUAGGAGCUUCAAUAGGAAUUUAAAAUACUUAAAAAUCUAUCAGAACAAUUUGGACGUUAUUGAAAAAAUUCUAAAAUGUUCCAGAACUCUUCAAGCCAAGUUAGAGCACUGUAGAACUUCAAUAAGCCAUUUAGACCGUUCCAAAACAUUUUCCAGCAGCAUUUUGAAAGGCUUCAGAACAAUUUAAAUCCUCAGAACAAUUUCAGAGCGCCUAGCGCCUGGAAUAGACAUAAAUUGACAGUUGCAAGAUGAGAAAUACCUACUUAGGAAACAUUAGCAAGAAAAUGUUCCUCUUUCAAUUCAAAUUCUUGAAUUUUUAUAAUUUUUUACUAUUCCAGGCUCUUGAUUUUUCCUUAUUUCUUAAUUUAUUCUAAAUUCUCAACUUUCUUUUGGAUCUUGAAUUUUUUCAUUCCAAGUUCUUGAAUUCUCAUUAUUUCCUUAUUUUAGAAUUUCAGGCUCUGAAUUUGUUUUUUAAUUUUUGCUCCUGGCUCUUCUGAUGUUUUUCUUUCAAAAUGAAAACAUACGUCAAAAAGAUAUCAAUAAUUUAAGAGCCUAGCGUUUGGAAUAGACAAAAAUUGAAAUUUAUAUGAAAUAAAUAAUAAUAAUGAAAUUAGUCCUGAAGAUGUGUUUAGGCAGAUGUGUAAAAGAUGUCUUUAAUGUUGUUUGUGGACAUCUUAGGGACGUCUUCAUGUCUCUGUGCUGUUUGGGAUUCUGAUCCAAAAAUCUCUUAAUUUUCAGUUAAAUUUUUUAUAGUUUAUUCAAACACUGUUUCCUCAGUUAUUAGAAUUAGCUCACUUAAUUGCUGUGCAGAAACUAAAUUUUAUUAUUUUAUUAAUUCAAUAAUAAUUAUUGAAAAGUGACUUGUUUUCUAGAAAACAUGCAGCGUCUUUCAAGAGAUAAAAUAAUAUAAAAAUUACAUAAAAAUGAGACUUCUCCAUGCAAGUUUUAAAAAAAAAGUUAUUAAAUAAUUUAUAUUAUAUUAGUGUUAAAUAAAUAAAAAGUUGUUAAAACAAAAAUGCACUUCCAAACAAGCACCAAAAAUACGGGUAUUUUAGUAAAUUCUCAAAAUAGAAACGAUGGAGUUUUAUUUUUCUCUAUCUAUAAAAGCGUAAAUGGUUGUUAUAAACUAAUAUGUAUAUUGUUAAGUUUUUGGAAUAAUUUUUUGUAAAUAUUUAUUAAAAUACUUAAAUUAGGAGUGUAGAAAAAUAAAACUUCAAUCCUAUAAUAAUAAAUUAUUAAAUUGAAUUAUCUUUACUUAAUAAGUAAGUAUAGAUAAUGUAAGAGUACAUUUUUUGAAAAAAAGCUACUUUAUAAACUAAUCAACAAUAAUAAAACAGCUUCUUUUCUGUAAAAUGACCCCUAUAUACUAUAUAAUAUUAAUUCAUAAAACUAUAGACAAAAUUAUUGUUAGUAAUAAGGGUGCGUAAUUGAGUGAAAUAUGUAAAUAAAAAAUAAAAAAAACAAGAAGUGGGUACGGUGUCAUUUUAUAAAUGAAUUUAAAAUUAUUAAAUUAAGGCGCGCGACACCGUCCUCCUUUUAAUUAUACUACUUGUACGAAUAAAUCAAGUCUUGAACAAUCAACAAUUAAAAAUAAAAUUAAUUCAAAUAAAAAUAUGAGAUGUUAUAGAAUAAUAAAUUUUAAAUGAUAGAUAGAGAGUCAGGAUGCCUAUGAUGUUGAUCUGGAAAAAAUGAUGGUAUUAAUAUGGUGAAUAUAUUUAAUUUUGAAAUACAUGGUUUUGAGGCCAAAUGA